CACCCCCCCUCUAGCGUUGGUCUCUUAUUCUAACAAAGGUCAAUCAACUUCUAGGCCACCACUCUUUGAUGGCACCAACUACUCUUAUUGGAAGGAACGAAUGAGAAUCUACAUUCGUUCCACCAACUUCCAAUUGUGAUUGGUGAUCAAAAAUGGCGAGGAAAUCCCUAUGAAGAAAGUGGGAGAAACCAUGGUCCCAAAGACCGAAAACGAAUAUGCUAUAUUGCGCGGUCAACCCCGAUGACUACCGAAAGAUCUCUUGUUGCACAACCGCCAAGGAGAUGUGGGACAAGCUUGAAGUGACGUACGAAGGUACCGAUCAAGUUCGCGAAGCUAAGAUCGAUUUUCUCACCCAAGAGUACGAAAUGUUCCAGAUGAAAGAAGGUGAGAAAAUUGAUGACAUGUUUGACCGUUUUUCAAAGAUCAUCAACGACCUUCAUGCUCUCAAAAAGACUUACACCAACAAGGAUCUCGUGAGGAAAAUCCUACGAAGCCUCACACCCGAAUGGAGGUCAAAAGCCGAUGCAAUCUAUGAAUCCAUUGGAGUCUCCAACGUCACCAUCGACGGGCUAAGAGGUAACCUUAAAACCUAUGAAUCUACUAUUCUAACCCCGUCUUUGGAUGAACAAAAGAAAAAGGGGAUAGCUCUCAAAGCCACCAAAGAACCGGUGGAAGAGGCUUCAAGUGAUGGCGACAUUGAAUUCGGGCUCGUCAUCAAGAAGUUCCACAAGUUCAUGAAGAAGGAAUUUGAGCGGAAGGGAAGGAAGCACAACGGUCCUCCCAAGUGCUACGGCUGUGGCGAGAUUGGCCACAUCAAGCCAAGGUGUCCAAAGGCCAAACACGGCAAGGAUAAGCUUGGCUUCAAGAAGCAAAUGGCCUACAUCUCUUGGGGUGGAGAUUCCGGCGACGAAUCAACCGACCAAGAGGAGGACGAAGCUGCAAAUCUCUGCCUCAUGGCGCACGAAGAUCAGAGCGACGAUGUCCAAGAGUCAAAGAGAGUUCGCCGGACGAGCUCCUCCGCCAAAGCUGUGACGCGGGCCACGGUAGGAGCGAGAUUGCUCAAGACGAGUCAUCCUCUCGUUGAGCUGGCGAACGUCAUCUCGGAUGCACGUGAGAGUGUCGAAGAUCUUCUUCACCCAAGAAGGUUCCGGUGCUUCUUCUCUCGGACGAGUCCUCCGCUGACGAGUGACGCGCUCCGUGGCUCGACUACCUCCGGCUUGAGAUGACUCAGCUUGAUUCUCGUUUUGGCUUUCUUCUUCUUCUUCGGCGACGACCAAGUCCAGAUUUGGUGCAGCAUCUCCCUCCUCUCGAUACACGAUCCGGGAAAACUUGGCUUCAGUGAUGAAACAAGUCUUCUUAACCGGCACCUGAGUGUCCCGAGUAAAGUCUAUUUUGCAAU